AUGGAUUUAACCUUGAAACCAUUCUUUCUGUGUCUUGCAGCACUACUAUUGCUACUACUUUCUCUACUAUCUUCUGCAAACCCAAUUAAUUCUGACUACAAUACCUUGGUAUACAACCAAUGCGCAAAUCAGACAUUUACUACUCCUCCAACACAACAAACCCUUUCAUCCCUUUUCCAAGAACUAAUUGCACACUCCUCCCAAUCAAAGUUCUUCAAACACACCCAAGCCACCGGUGACGAUGAUGAGACUCAGACGGGCAUUUCCGGUCUCUUCCAAUGCAUACAGGACAUCAGCAACGAAGAGUGUCAGAGCUGCGUUUCCACUCUACCUGAUUUAUCAAACACCUUAUGUAGAGAGUCUGUAUCGGCUCGGGUUCAGCUACAUGGUUGCUACAUGCAUUAUGAGCUCGAUGGGUACGAUUCAGAGUCUUCAAAUCAUAAAUUAAUGCACCAGACCUGUGGGGAGUUAUCAAAUGGGUUGGCUGGUGGGUUCGAGGAGAUGAGAGACGCAGCAUUUGCAGCUCUGGAAAGUGGUAUUGUGAUGAAUGGUGAUGGGUUCUACAAAACGAGCUAUGAAGCCGUACAAGUAAUGGCACAGUGUGUUGGGGGCUUGGGGACCUGUGAAUGUGGACUGUGUGUAAGCAGUGCAGUUCAAAUUGCUGAAGCAGAAUGUGGUGCUGCUCUUUCAGGUCAAAUUUACUUGGAAGAGUGCUUCUUGAGCUAUACUUACCAUCCAGAUGAAAUACCUGACCACCCGCAUCCAGAAAAAAGAAGAGACAGAAAUGGAAGCAAUGGGAAAUCGGUGGCAAUUGUUGUGGGAGGAGCAGCAGCUUUGUGUUUGGGGUUCGUUUUUCUGUUGUUCGUCAAGUCUUGGUCAAAGAAAGAAGAUGACUAA